AUCCUGCAGCCUUUCUCCAUAAAGCUGAAUCUGCUAAAGCGCAGGUUUAAUUAGAAAUAUAAAGUUUUUCUGCAACAUCCUCAAGAAGGCAGCUCUGAAAGAAGCGUUUGGGAGGACUGGAGACAAACAAGUGUACUGAAGAGGAUCAAAUAAUUUACUCUAAGUGCUACAGUAAAGGCAAUGGCUGAGCUGCCAACUGAGCGGGUUUUCCCUGGACCACCACCUGCCAACAACGGGCAACAACCUUCUUCAAGAAGGUGUUAUGAUGCCAGAGAUGCCCAUAAAAUUGCCCAGAUCAACCGAUUACUUCCCAUAGGCUGGUACUUCACUGGAGCUGCACGGUACCAGAUGAUAUCUACCCUGGGAGAAGGAGCCUAUGGCACGGUUGGAAAAUUCAUUAGGCUCAAUGACUUGAAGAGCGUAGCCAUCAAAAUAGUUAAGACUGAUUGCUUCAGAAAUGGACUGGCAAACUUGGAGGUGGCUGCCCUGCGAAAGUUAAAGUUAUACAAAUCUGAAAGGUAUAACUUGGUUCAGUUUUACAACGUUCUUACCGAUGGGCAAAAAUUAUGUCUCGAAUUUGAGCAUUUGGACAAGAACCUUUAUGAAUUCAUGAAGGAAAGACAAUUCCGACCGCUCGCUCUAAAGUCAGUUAGAGCCAUCACCCAGCAGAUUGCGAAAGCGCUGGAUCAUUUGAAGUCUGUACGUUUGAUACAUGCAGACCUCAAGCUGGAAAAUGUGAUGCUUGUCAACCAUCAAAAACAACCAUAUAGGGUCAAAGUGAUUGACUUUAGCUUGGCAUGUGACACCUCUGCUGCCUCGAUGGGCUCUUACAUUCAGUCCCGUUCAUACCGGUCCCCAGAGAUUAUUCUCGGGGCUCCAUUUACAGAGGCCAUAGAUGUAUGGUCUCUGGGCUGCAUUGCUGCUAAUCUGUACCUUGGCUCCAUGCUCUACCCUGGUGAGAAUGAAUAUGAGGUGAUGAGGUACAUAGUGGAGACUCAGGGCCAGCCUCCAGGCAAGAUCCUCGACAGUGGGCUCAAGACUGCCUUUUAUUUCGACACGCAGUUGUAUUUCACCACCAGCACGUGGAAACUCAAGACACCUGAGCAGUUUGUCAGUGAGACAGGGAUUAAGUUCACCGAGAAAAGGAUGAUGAAGUUGACCUCUCUUGAUGACCUUAAAAACCUCUGGUUCACACGUCAUCAAAAUUAUACCAGUAAAUCCGCAGAAAUCUGUGAUCUGCUGGUGUUUAUCGAGCUGCUUAAAGGAAUGCUUCAGCUUGAUCCUGAAAAACGGAUGACGCCCAGUCAGGUGCUGCAGCACGACUUCACAACACUGCGCCACAUUUUGCGCUUGUACCCCUACAGCUUCCAGUCUCUGCAGCAACCAUCCUCCAGGACCAGCCACCCUACCCAGCAAAACCAACCUUGCCCUCUAGCUGAGCACAGCAUCCAAGUGAGGCGCCAUUCUCACUCUAGGACCACCUGUCCUCCUCUGCAAAAUCAUCCUUGUCCUUCAUCUAUGCGCUACAGCCCUUAUUCCAGAACAACCCACCUUGCUGAGCAAAAUCAUCCUUGCCUUCCCGUGUUACACCACUGCUGUUGCUUCAGGACCAUCUGUCCUCACCAUCACAAUCAUCCAGCUGUGUGCUACUGCCUCUACUUUAGGACCACACACCCUCCCCAACAAUAAACACUUUGCUCCCUAGCUCAGCACGGCACCCAAGUGCGGUAUCACUGCCUUUACUGCAGGACUACCCAUCCUUGCAGCAAUAUCCUUCUGGCCUUGCAACUAAACUCCACUGUCUUUACUCUAGGACCACCCAUUCUGCUUAGCAAUGCCGUCCUCACCCUCCAGCCAAACACUGCACCCCUGCACAAAGUCUUGGACCACAGUGAAGUCCUUAGCAAGACUCACCAAAUCAAACCAGAGUCUUAAAAAAAAAAAUUAAUGACUGAUUAAACAAUGUGUGUAAGAGUCUCUGACCAAUCUGAAAGAUCAUUGUGAUAUAAAAAGGAUUCCAUUGUUCUGCUGAGCCAUCUUGCACAAGCGUUGGAUGUAGGACAAUUAUAGCUCACCACAGAAUACUGUAUCAAUCCCUAAGCAAAUUAUGUGGAGAAAGAUGAACAAUGGGGAAGACUAUGUUGAGAGGCUGCAUAGGAGUGCCAGAUGGAACUCUUGAGAUUGCAGCAUCCACACUUUUAAUCACAUCUUCCUUAUUGAGACUGAUCAACGGGACACUGGCUGAGCACAAAUGCUGGAGACAGACAUUUCUGCUCAGGAGUAAACAAAAAAAAAGAAAUUAAAAAAAAAAAUAGACCUGGUAGGUUAUAUGUACCAAUCCCUUAUAAGAAGAAGUCAUAAUUAAAAGCAAUCUGUUGCCAUCAUUGCAAUAGUCAGGGGGCUUAGACCAUUUAAAAUUUGUUUUUCCAAUGAAUUACUUUAUUUUCACUGACAUGUUGUUGUAUGAAGUACUUAUUCUUUAUUGUAUGUUCCAAUAAGUGGAACAAUAUUAAAACAAUAAA